AAACAGCAUUAUGAGAUUUAUCGUUUUCCUGUUUGUCAUUUUACUUUCAAUCGUAUGUCUUAUAAUUGGUUACGAAGGUUCAACGUUAACGUCUACGAUGCAUACCUCGUUUCAAGAUAUCCGAAGGUUUUCUGCAUGCGAUUUGUCGCUUGAACAGAAACUGAAAAUUCUAAACUUUAUGAAGAGAUUUGGAAAAGUUUCAUUAUGUAUAUCAAUAAGAGGCUACUUCAAUGUUACGAAAAAGUUUCCAGUUAAGAUGGGCAACGCUCUUCAUUCUAUAUUUUCUGGUCUUUUGAAACUCAGAUCGGCCACUGAAAAUUGAAAAAUUUGACAUUCGUGCAAAUGACGUUGAAAAUGAAAAAGUCUUUAUAAAAUUUGAUUUCACAAACUUACGAGCAGACAAUUCUUUCCUGUUACGUAGCACAUCAAUGACCAGAAGUAAAAUUUCACAAAUACUUUAAUUAGAGAAUAUUUUGAAGAUUUCAUUCCAUUUUGAGAGCAUUCAAGCGCAGGUUUUUGGCUACCUCGCUAAGCUUAAUCCGAUAUUAGCAUUUUUCUAUUACAUAAGUAAUCGUCACUUGUUAUCCAGUAACUAUUACAUGGUUUAUUGUAAGACUCUUUUCUUGUCUGAAGAAAUAAAGGUACUGUAAAAAUAUCGACAAGAAUAAAAAUCGGCGACACUGAAAAAGACACAG